AUGUUCUGCCGUGCCAUCACUCCCCUCUUUUCUCUGGCGGUUCUGUUCUUGAUCGUCAUUGGCCCAUCUAUCUGCCGGCCCUUAUCGCGCCGAGGAGUCCUUUCGCAACCUUCUUCCAGCCUCCAUCGCUUUUUCCGCCGCUCCACAUCAACCCUGUCCCCUUCAUCUCACCGCCGUCGCUCAAUGGAGGACGACCAGGGGGAAGAGUUCCUACCAUUUGCCCCCAUGUCCAUAGACGUUGAAGACUCCGGCAACUUGAGACGUUCAAUCGAUACUGAUCUGGACGAUUCUCAAGACGAUCUGUCACAGGAAUCGAUCGACCAGGAAAAGGCCGACGCAGACAAGGACUGGGCCCAAUUUGUCGCAUCUGGCCCCGACGAGGAUCCGGACUCGUACCCUGAUUCGUUCGCUCAGGAUGACGACUCGGAUUCUUCAUGCUCACAGGAGACCGAUGCUUCAAAGAACGUCCCCAAAACCCCGCCAGCCUUGAUUUCUUCCAAUGACAACGGCAAAGUCCAGUCUCCACCAAGCCAAAACGGGGCGGAUUCCAAGCAACAGAACUCCAAGUACUCCGGACCCGACAAGCAACAGGAUGACGAGGCAGAAAAAGCCAAGCAAGAAGCGGACCAAGCCAAGGCAGCCGAGGACGCCAAGAAGUCGGCAGCUCAAGGCAACAACCAGGUGACAGACGUCAAACCAAUCCCGGGUACCUCCGUCACCACUGGAACGGUCCACAAAGAUCACAAGGGUGACUCUUAUUCGACGCCCUCGGCCGAGACACAUACUGGGGAUGCCACUUAUUACGAGCCAGGUCUGGGUUCCUGUGGUUUGACCAACGGCCCCGGAGACAUGAUUGUCGCAGUCUCUAAACUGCUAUACGACUCGUUCCCAUCCCAAGGCGGCAAUCCAAACACCAACGAGGUGUGUGGAAAGAAGAUUCGUGCCACCUACCAGGGUCGCUCCUGUGAGGUCACCGUCGUCGAUCGUUGUGAAGCUUGUCUGGAAGGUGCCCUCGAUUUUACCAUCACUGCUUUUGAAAAGCUUGGCAAGAAAGAAGAAGGACGCCUUCAUGGUAUGACUUGGACCUUCAUCUAG